AUGGCCUCCCAAGAGUCCCAUCUGGACACCAUUGAGUUCAUCGAGACUCCUGCUGCCAAGCCUCAGCCUCCCGCCAGCACCGCUACUGGCGUGAGAACCACUGACUACCCCUGUAUCAAGAACGCCCCUCUGCCCGCUGACGGCCCCGGCGCUCGACACUUCUCCAACGGCCUGCUCUUCUCCAUCCUGCUGGGUGUUCCCUUCUUCAUCAACUACAAGAUCGGCGGCUCCAUCUGGACCUACCUCUUCUUCUUCCUGAUCACCGGCCUGCCCCUCCUCGUCUCCUUCUGGGCCGUCGUCUCCGCCAUCUCCCCUCGAAUCAACGAUGACUGCAAGCUCCCCGGCCGACCCGUCGAGUACUACCUCGAGUUCCACGACCCCGCUCUCGCCAAGAAGUACUCCGGCAACAACAAGAUCCCCUACGAGACCUUCCACGAGCUGUACUUUGACAACAAGGUCUCCAUGCGAGGUGAUGCUCUCGACAUUCUCGAGUACCGACAUGACUUCAUGACCUUCAACUUCACCUGGGGUCUGUUCAAGUUCUUCCUACUGUCCAUGAUUCCCGAGAUCAUCUUCCACACCCAGUCCCAGGACGAGGAGCAGGUCCGAGAACACUACGACCGAGGAGAUGACUUCUACGCCUGGUUCCUUGGCCCCCGAAUGAUCUACACCUCCGGUGUCAUCUCCGACAUCAACAAGGCCGAGACCCUCGAACAGAUGCAGGACAACAAGCUGCGAAUCGUCUGUGAGAAGGCCGCUCUCAAGCAGGGCGAGGAGGUUCUCGAUAUUGGCUGUGGCUGGGGAACUCUCGCUCGAUUUGCUUCCCAGGAGUACGGUGUCAACGUCACCGGUAUUACCCUUGGAAAGAACCAGACUGCUUACGGAAACAAGAACCUCGCCAAGGACGGUAUUCCCACCACCCAGUCCCGAAUUCUGUGCAUGGACUACCGAGACAUCCCCCUUGCCCAGGGCGGAAAAAAGAAGUACGACAAGAUUAUCUCUCUGGAGAUGGUCGAGCACGUUGGUGUCAAGAACCUCGGCUCUUUCUGCUCCCAGGUCUACGACAUGCUUGAGGAUGACGGUACCUUUGUUCUGCAGUACUCCGGUCUGCGAAAGCACUGGCAGUACGAGGAUCUCAACUGGGGUCUGUUCAUGAACAAGUACAUUUUCCCCGGAGCUGACGCCUCUACCCCCCUGUCCUUCUUCCUCGACAAGAUGGAGGGUGCUGGUUUCGAGACUGUUUCCAUUGAUAACAUUGGUGUCCACUACUCCUCUACUCUGUGGAGCUGGUACCGAAACUGGAUGGGCAACAAGGACAAGGUCAUCAACAAGUACGGCGUUCGAUGGUUCCGAAUCUGGGAGUUCUUCCUGGCCUCUUCCGUCAUCACCUCUCGACAGGGAGGUGCAGCUGCCCACCAGUACGUGUUCCGAAAGAACAUCAACAAGCGACAUGCUGUUGAGGAUAUCCCUACCCACUGGGGUCUCAAGGUUCCUCAGCCCAAGCACGGCAACAACUGGCUUCCUGAGGGUGCUUACUAA